AUGGAAUACGGUAGUCAAUUGCUUUUCUUUUUGACUAUUAGUUAUGUGCUUUGUGGACUUUAUUAUAGCUCAGAAUCAACAGUAAGUGCUGAAUUAGGAAUGGAAUAUUAAAGCAGGGCUUGUUGGAGUCUGUAUGGUUUUCCUCGCCCAAAGCUCACUUAAGCCUUAUAAUAGCCCUUUUAAAAGAGUCAGAGAUGUUUACUGCAGAGUUGGUGCAAGACUUGGGCUUCUUUAUAUAGGACUUUUAGUGUUUCUGCUUUUCCAAACUGAAAAGGAUGCAAGAGCAUUAUUCGGGUAUAUUGAUCCUUCCCUCAAUAAGGAGCUUGCAAUGCGUACAGAAAAUUAUGAUAGAAGCUGUGAGUUUACCUUUGAAAAUAUAUAUAAGCUUUCAGAUUUUUAUGUUUUGGCCCAUUUCUUCAACUGGCUUGCUGCUGCUUUGCUGUUAAGAGAUUACUAUAUUCUUCAUAUAUGGAGUGUUUUAGAUGAGCUCAUAGAACUAUCAUUAAAAAAUAUUAGGCCAAAUUUCGCAGAAUGUUGGUGGGAUUCGUUAAUAUUAGACGUUUUGGUAGCCAAUACUCUUGGAAUAUGGAUUGGGAUGAGUCUAAUUAGAUAUUGCAACUCAAUGGAGUAUGACUGGUUUGGCAGAAAAAACACUAAAUCUAUUAGAGAAUGGAAAGCAUGGACACAACAUAGGCAGUUUCAAGGGGUGUUUUUAGUGAUUUUAUUUGUAUCUAUCAAUUUUGUCACUGGAUUUACAGUACCGAAUUCUUUGUGGCUGCCACCAUCGAAUAAGCUAAAUAUUAUAAGACUGAUUAUAUGGUUGGCAAUAGGAGGGCUAGGAUUUAGAGAAGCUUAUGAUGAUGUAAGAACUUGGGGAGAACAUUUAAGAGCAGAAAAACAGAUUUUUGCUCAAUAUAGAUGGACUGCUUGAAUGAUGCUUUGCUGCGAAGCUAUUUUAAGCUGGAAGUUUAGGCAUAAUGCUGGAAACAGGCUUGAAGAAUCUGUACAUUGGUACGUCAUUUUGCCAUGGGGUGUAUGGUUUGUUGGAUCAUUGGCAUUUUACUGCUAUUUGAGGCUAGUCUACAAAUAUAGGAUUUACAAAGAUGGGACAUAUAUGGAUUUGGAGGUAAGAAAACAAAACAUACAAAAUAAAAAAACUAAUUAG